GGACUUAUAGGAAGUAUAUUACUGAAUGACGCACCCUCUCUUCCUCAUUGUGGUGAGAAACAGGCGUGCGUUUCAGGCUCUGCGUAACACAUUAGCGAAGAUGGUGAAGAUCUUCAUUGGGAACCUGCCUCCGCAGGCAGAAGCAGAUGAAAUAAAGUCUCUGUUCACUCAAUAUGGAACGGUCACUGAGUGCGCCAUUAUCAAGAACUUUGCCUUCGUCCACAUGGAUGAUCGCAAAAGUGCAACAAAGGCAAUUAAAAACCUUCAUUUACACAAGCUGCAUGGAACACCCAUCAAUGUUGAAGCGAGUCGGGGCAAAAACCAGGGUCCUGUGAAGCUUCAUGUUGCCAAUGUGGAGAAAGGAGCAGAUGAAGAGCUCAGAGCGCUGUUUGAAGAGUACGGCACAGUUGCCGAAUGCGCCAUCAUUAAGAACUUUGCCUUUGUACACAUGAGCAAUUCCGAUGAGGCCAUGGAUGCCAUCAAGGGGUUGGACAACUCUGAAUUCCAAGGCAAACGAAUUCAUGUGCAGAUAUCAAAGAGUCGACCAAGAGGCGAGGAGGAAGAUUACGGCCCCCCAGACAGUGGAUUUUGGCCACCCCGUUUCUCUGGUGACCGGCCUGAGCCCCCUGGUUAUCCUAGGGGUCGCUUCGGGUAUCCCCCUGGUCCCCCUCCACCACCACCACCCAUGCCUCCCAGACGCCCCCCAUACCCAGAGCGUGCAGCGCCGGCAUACGAGCGUGCAGCGCCGGCAUACGAGCGUGAACGUGGUGUGGUCGACUAUUACGAGAAGUACCGCGCUCGCCCUUACGGUGUCUCCUCAUAUGAGGACCGGCACCUGGGUGCCAUCCCCCCUCCCCCACCGCCCCCGUCAUCUGGCAUUAUGAGAGAGAGAUUGGCUGGCAAUGGCCUCGACCCCUAUGAGCGACGCCCCCUUCCACCCCCGCCAUCCUCGUACUACGCACGAGACCGCAGUCCCAUCAGACGUGCUCCUCCUACCCCUCAGACACCCGCCGGGAAUGGUUACUCAUUCGAGCGAUCUCGUCUCUCCCCUCUCUCCAUGUCUCGGACCCCGAUGUACAGCAUGCCUCGGGCCAGAGACCCCUAUGCUGACAGGGCGCCGCCUCCACCUCCGCGCUACUCGUAUUAAAGUGCACCACUGCGCUUUUGUAAUCCAAGGUGUAAAUUAUUCAACAAGAUCGUCGUCGUUGUCUCCAGGUGCACGUGCCGCGAUACGUCUUUGUCUGCCAGAGCGCGUUUCGUUCGCCUGCGCACCAUAGUGGAAGAGUUCUGUUGCGGACUGCACAUUCUAUAAAACUACCGCUUUUACACGCAUAAAAACGUCAUGCUAAAUUGUCAAUUCUGCUUUAUUUUUUUGCCUUGUUUUUAUUGUUUAACAUUGGAUAGGUGAGAGAAGCACUAAGCCAGAGUACGUAAAUUAGGUUAACUUGGUGGUUUGGUAAAGACUAUUAAAGGAACGCUUAUAAAAAUGAUUCUUUCAAAGAACACUUCAAUGUAUCACACUGUACCUUUUUACCUUUAAAAUCUGGAAUGAGGUUAUCGUUUGUUAUUAAACUACUGUAACAAGCGCUAUGAAAAUUUUAAUUUGAAAACAAAAAUUCAUUUGUGUAAAGGUUUUUUUUUUUUUUUCUCUCUUUCCCCUCUCUAAGCUAUUUGUUAAAGUGCGGCAUGCAAGUAAGAAUACAGUCUCCGCAGCAAUAAAACCUUUCCGUCUACUGGCUUUAUUGAAAUUGUGCUGUAGUGUGCAUUUUUAAUGGCAGAGUAUCGAAGUUAAAGGACUUUGUAUCAUUUUCUUUCAUAGGAACACUUGGAAGUUUUAAUAAAAAGACUGGAACUUGGUCCGUCGUUUUGCUUUUCUUGCCAACCUUUAAAAUUCAAUUUGCCGAAAUAGGCAUGAAAGUAACUAUAUAGCCUAGAGUUUGACACAUUCGAAUUAAAACCCAUAACAUCUUGCUUCCUAGUUUAGAAGUAUUACGGAUAAUGGAACCGCUUCUGCGGCGAAAUGAAAACGAUUACAUCACUUCGUCUUCAAGGCUAUUCUUUUGCCCUAAACCAUUGGCGUCUCACUAUUCCUGGUCUGUGUCCAAAUAAUCCUGUCAUUCUGAUUCACAAAGUGGGUAGACUUCCCAAUAUUUCCUUAAUCAGUGGUCCUUUUUAAGUUUGAUUGUGCCAGGUAAGUCACUUGAUUUAGUUUCUUUACAACUCUGCAUGCCUUUAUAUACUUAAUUGUUUCAAGGUAUAGCUUAAGUACAGAGACUGCAUAUGUGUCUCAAUGACAUGUAUUUGGAUCCAAAUGUUUUGCAAGUGAUCUAUUUUAGGAUUAUAGUUUUAUAUUUUAGGUUAACUUUUAUGCAUCCCCCCCCCACCCCCCAUAGUUCUGUCUUGAUUUUACAAUAAAAUGUGUUAUGGCUGUUCAUUCAUUUACCUGUGGGACACCAAAUGAAUGUGCCUCUUCCGGUGUUGAAGAUCUCAGCAUAAAAACUUAUUUUAUUUUUCCUUUUAAGGUGAUUGCACUUUCAAUAAAGCGCUUUUUUUUCCUGCCCAAA